AUGCCCGGUGGCUCUCUUCUCCCUGGGAUUUUGCCAGUUCUUUGCUUGCUCGCAUCUCUCCCCGUGCUCGCUCGCCUCUCGACAUCGGCGCAGGUCGGGGAACGGAGAUCGCCGGCGGCAGGUCCCAGCCAAGCGCGAAGGGGGGCGAAGACUCUAAUUUUGUUGGACGUAGACAUUAGGGGCUCAGUGCGAAGCGUCAGUGAAAACUUUCUGUCCAUUCAGCUCGACCCGGCGGUGCUGCACAAUGGUUGGAUUGACUUUUUAAGCUCCAGAAAGCUGGUAACGUUGGCCCGAGGGUUGUCCCCCGCCUUUCUCUGGUUCGGCGGGAAAAGGACGGACUUUCUGCAAUUCCAGAAUCAUCGAAAUCUGGCGAAGCACAGAGGCGAGCUGGGGCCCGAUUACUACCUCAAAAACUACGAAGACGACAUUGUCCGGAGCGACAUAGCCCUGGAUAAGCAGAAGGGCUGUAAAAUCGCGCAGCAUCCAGAUAUUAUGCUGGAGUUACAGCGGGAGAAGGCGUCGCAGAUGCAGAUCGUCCUGACCAAGGAACAUUUCUCCAACACCUACAGCAACAUCACAAUAACAGCCAGGUCUCUAGACAAACUCUACAACUUUGCCGAGUGCUCUGGAUUACACCUGAUUUUUGGCCUUAACGCCUUGCAGCGGAAUCCGGAUAACUCCUGGAACGGAUCCAGCGGCCUCAGCCUCCUCAAGUACUGCGCAGGCAAGAAGUACAAUAUAUCCUGGGAGCUCGGGAACGAGCCCAACAGCUACCGAUCAAUGGUUGGGAGGACUAUCAACGGGAGCCGGCUAGGGAAGGACUACCUUCAUCUCAAGAGCCUGCUUCAGUCUGUCCGCUUCUACACAAAAGCCAGCCUGUACGGGCCAAACAUAGGCCGACCCCGGAGGAACGCUGCAGGUCUACUGGAUGGGUUCAUGAAAACAGCAGGAACAGUGAUCAAUGCGGUGACAUGGCAACAUUAUUAUAUCGAUGACCAAACGGUAAAGGUGACUGACUUUAUGAAGACACGCCUCCUCGACACUCUCUCAGAUCAGAUCGCCAAGGUACAGAGGAUUGUGAAUUCUCAUGCACCGGGGAAAAAAGUCUGGCUUGCAGGGGUUGGCCCAGCCUGGGCUGGAGGGACAACCAACCUUUCUGAUACGUAUGCAGCAGGGUUUCUCUGGUUAAAUACACUGGGAAUGUCGGCCAAACAGGGGAUGGAUGUGGUGUUUCGCAAUUCAUUCUUCGAUCACGGAUACAACCACCUGGUGGACCAGAACUUCAACCCAUUGCCGGACUACUGGCUUUCUCUCCUCUACAAACGCUUGGUGGGAACCAAAGUUCUGCGGGUCCAUGUGGCAGGUCUCCAGCGGAGACCCAGGCCUGGUCGGGUCAUACGAGACAAGUUGAGGAUCUACGCCCACUGCACGCACUCCCGCAACUACAGUUACAUGCGGGGAUCGAUCACCAUUUACAUCAUCAACCUGCAUAGAUCGAGGAAGAAAAUCAAGCUGGCCGGAGCAUUGAGAGACAAGACUGUCCACCAAUAUCUCUUCCAGCCUUAUGGAGAUCAGGGGCUAUUAGCCAAAUCAGUACAGCUAAACGGUCGCCAGUUGUCGAUGGUCGACGACGAGACGCUUCCUGAUUUGAGGCCAAGAACUCUUCGAGCUGGGAGAAUCGUGGUGAUCCCACCUCUCUCCAUCGGAUUCUAUGUGGUGAAGAAUGCAAACGCUCCCUCCUGCAAGUUUCGGUAGCCGUGUGGCCCGGAGACUGAGACCCUACCUCUGUGUCCUGCAGUGAUGUUAAAACCAACAACACCAACAAGAAAUCAGCAGCUGACCGUUUCCACCCCUCCCGGAAGCUCAUCCGAACCCAAGACCUGGGAUUUCUCUCAAGACUGGCAUCACGGCCUUCACCCAUCCUUCCUCCUGUCGUUCGGAGUUGGUUCUGCUGGUUGAGAUCAGCUCACGCCCUCCAGAGCAUUAACAUUCUCAGAGGUGCUGCAAGAUUGAAGGAACUGUUACCAACAUGGCAGCAUUUGGACAAUGCCUCAGUCCACCGAUCUCCACUGAGGCUCAAGCAACUUCAGUGUUCAAAUUCAAGCUUAUUGUCAUUACUCCAUACAGCUAAAUGAAACACUGUUUCUCUAAGGCCAAGGUGAAAAUAACAGCACAUAUAGUCACACACAGCACAUACAGUUACAAUCCGAUACAGAAGGUCACAAAUAAUAUUAGCACAGGUCCCUGAGUGGCAUAGCCCGAAGAUUGAUGGUGCAUGGGAUGUUGUCCUGGAGCCACGUUUCUGUAGGGAAAAGUGCGCAGCAGUUCCUCAUCUCGUGCUGGGUCAGUUGUAGACAAAGAUAGUCAGUUUGUUUUCCAGAGAGUGAACAGCAGAGAGCAGUAUAGACCUGGAGAGGUGGCCUACAGGGAUUAGCCUUUAACCCAGCACUGAUUCCAGCGGGAUUGCUGCCCUUCUGUUUCCUCGCACACCUUUUCCGAUGCCUCCUCUACGGGGUGGCUGUAACAGGCGAACCCGCAGCUGAGGGCCUGGUCCGUGCAAUAACCCAAGCCUGCACAACUCCUCCACCAUCACUCUCGCUAAUGAACUGGACUUACGGCACUUUGUAUUAUCAAUGUCCAACGGGGUCAUUCGAUUGUAGGAACAGUAUUUAAGGCAAGCAGUUACACCUUUUGCUGGACCCAGAGAGGCCUUUAUGAAUAAGCGCACCGCAUCUUACCGAACUAAAGGAAGAGUUAGUUAUCGUCCCAGUAACUCAAAUCUAAAUUUGCAUGGAAUCUCAUCCAAGCAUGCAAAUGGUCGGUCCGUGUGAACGGAAUAAAUCUGCAAGUCUCUGAUCAGCAUCCAUUAACCAUCCUAAUGAUUUCACGGGUCUAGGUGUUUGAUCAGCAUUUAUUGACCAUCCCUUAAUGUCCCUGAAUGAAGAAGCCCAAUAGGUCGUUUCACAGGGGGAGCUACCUGAAGCUUGUAUCAUCCAAUCCUGUGAUAAGGAGAGGGAGGAGAACCCGUCUGCCCACUGACCAGUGCUGAAACAUUAGCGUAGAAGGUGUCUGACCCAGGCAGGGGCAAAAUUGAUGAUCAUUUACCCUUGGCUCAGAUACAGAGGGUGGAUGUCCUGCUGUCAUCAGCAAACCCCGUUUGCAAGUGGAGGCAGCUGAUGACACAGGUUUGAAAUCAUUGACUUAAACACAAAGACACACACGUUGUCCAAUCAUCCAUCCAGUAGCUUGACCAGAUCCAAGGUCGUCAACCAUCCCUCUUCCUCCUCACAUGUCACCUGACCCACCGAGCUUUGAGAUUUAUUUUUAUUUAUUUAGAGCCUUCUGACCCAGUGAGCCCAAUUACAUCCACAUGGACAAUUAACCUACUUAUCCCUAUGUCUUUGGAAUGUGGGAGGAAACCAGAGCACUUGGAGGAAAUCCAUGCGGUCACAGGAAGAAAGUACCCUUCCAGGUAGUGACAGGAAUUGUAAUAGCAUUCCUCUGUUCACUGCUGUACUGUACCCAGAUUCCAACUUCUCUUGUGUCUCUGUCCAAUCGUUUAUAUUUGCCUGUAAUGUCUUGCAAGUUAAUGCAGUACAGGAAGAGACAAUGUGCUCCACUGAGCUGAUGUAAAAGCUCUCCUUUGUCAAGAACUCUGAUAAUCUGAUAUCCAAUUGAUCAACAAUCCCAAAGACACGAGAAGCCACAGAUGCUGGAAUCUGGACCAGCAAACAAUCUGCUGGAGGAACUCAGCAGUUCAGGCAGCACCUGUGGGUCCGCAGGUGGAAAGAAUGAUCAGUAUUUUGAGUCAAAGCCCUGCAUCAGGGCUGAGGGUGGAAAGGGGGAAUAGUCAAUACUAAGGAGAAGAGGGGGAGGUUUGAGACAGGGUCCGGAAGAUGGUAGGUGGCCUAGGUGGGGUGAUAGGAUGACGUGGGGCAUAGUAGCAAAGUGGUUAGCAUAAGGCUUUACGGUGCCAAUGAGAGGGGCUCAAUUCUGCUGCUGUCUGUAAGGAGUCUGCACGAUUUCCCUGUGGCUACGUAGGUUUUCUUGGGUUUCUUUUCACAUUCCAAAGUGAUACAGUUAGGCUUAGUAAGUUGUGGGCACAAUAUGUUGGCAUUGCAAGCAUGGCAAUGCUCGAGCGCUGUCCCCAGCACAUCCUCGGACUGGCACAAAUGACACAUUUCACUGUAUGCUUCAAUGUAAACUAAUCUCAUCUUAGAUGGAGGUAGGAGGGGGAUUGGGAAGGGUGGAUGGUGGGUGACAAGUGGCAGGUGAGUUUUGGGUGAAGGUGUCGAUCUGACUCAGUCUGAAACCGGAGUGUGAGUGGGGUCCAGACUGGAAGUGAGAAGGGAAGCCAAAUGUAGAGUUAGGAACAUGGACAGGUUUGCAGCCUGUGCUAAGGUCCAGAGAAAAUGUACAUUUCAGCUCGAUACAAGCUGAAAUUCACUAUUUCCCACUCUCUUUAAACUCACCAGGGCUGA